ACGAAGUAGAUUUUAUCAACAAACAAAAUGGCUGUUGAUACGAGUAUGAACGUGGCCAUAAAAGCUGCUUCCUAUAACAUGGUUUUGCAAAUAGUUUUUCGGUUCGGAACUUUUUUUAUGAACGCUAUCCUAUUAAGAUAUAUAUCAAGAGAGAUUUUAGGAAUAGUAAACGUUCGCCUGACUCUGUUAUAUACUACAAUCCUCUUCAUUUCGAGAGAACCGUUUAGAAAGGCAUGCUUGAGUAGGAGUGAGAACGCAAACAAAUCAAAGUCAAAUGAAAAAGGAACUAUCAACUUAAUAUGGAUUUGUAUGGUUGUUGGGUUUGUUUCAUCGUUUUGCCUGUCUUUGCUUUGGAUCUACUGUUUUGAACAGCCUUCAGUAAGUUUGAUCCCCCAGUACAAAAGAUGCACAAUUUUGUUUGCCUUUUCUUGCUUACAUGAGUUAUUGAUUGAGCCGUUAUGGAUAUAUGGACAAAGAUUUUCAUUCAUAACUCUUAAAGUUGUUUUGGAAGGUGUUUUUGUAACAUUAAGGUGUGUCUUAAGCGUUAUAUUAGUAAUAUUUGUACCCAAUCUAGGACUGUAUGCAUUUGGGAUUGCAUUUGUGAUAUCAUCCCUUGUUUAUGUGGCACUAUAUUAUGGCUAUUUCUGGUGGUACAUUAAGAGCAGUUUCAAGGAGGAAGAUAAAAUAUUACCCUUCACCAAUUUUAAAGAAUUAUUUCCAGAUUUCACAACGCCAUGCGAUUUACACUACAGGAACUUAGUUUUAAGUUUCUACAAGCAGUCAUUGUUAAAGCAAUUCUUGACUGAGGGAGAGAGAUACAUUAUGACAGUAUUUAGCAUCCUUUCAUUUGCAGAGCAGGGUGUGUAUGAUGUUGUUAAUAAUCUGGGAUCACUCGCUGCUAGAUUUAUUUUUAUGCCAAUUGAGGAAAGUUAUUACACAUAUUUUUCACAAGUAUUAAUGAGAGGAAAGAAUGCUAAAGAGCAUUCUGUAGAGCAACUUAACAAAGCAAUCAUAUCUUUAUGUAUUGUGUUGAAAUUUGUCUCAUUGAUUGGUUUAAUUAUUGUAGUGUUUGGAUAUAGUUACUCUUUUUUGUUGCUAGAUCUUUAUGGUGGGAAAAUUUUAAGUGCAGGCGAAGGUCCCACACUCCUUAAGACAUAUUGUGUGUAUGUUUUGAUUAUUGCAAUCAAUGGAAUCACUGAAUGUUUCAUGUUUGCUGUGAUGAGUAAAGAACAGAUUAAUAAAUACAACUAUAAAAUGAUGAUAUUUUCUGUAGCAUUUCUUGUCGCUUCUUUAAUGCUAACAAAAUAUUUUGGCUCUUUGGGAUUUAUUCUUGCAAAUUGUUUAAACAUGUUUCUACGAAUAAUUGAAAGUGUAUUCUUUAUCAAGCGCUUCUUUAAAGAUUCCAGUCGCAAUCCGCUGGUCUCGAUUAUUCCUACAAAAGGCGUUAUGCUGUCUCUUCUCCUUAGUUUUAUUUUUACAGUUGCUUCGGAAGGUUUUGUUGGAUCCGCCAGCAAUCCCAUAUAUCAACUUGUCCACGUGGUUGUAGGUGGUGUAUGUUUAGUGAUGGUCGCAGCAGCUAUAUAUUUAACUGAACACGAAUUUAUUCUCUUUGUUACUAAUCUACUACAGCAGAAAAAAAACAAGACGGAGUAAGAGUGAUAUGAAAACAACUCUGAUUGUAAAAAAUCUGACGCAACACUUGCGAUUUUUGGCCUAAGUCGCGAAAGUUGAGCACUGCGAAAUUUCGAUUUAUAUAAAAUACGAAAGUGUAAUUUCGUUGAAAUGUUUUUUACAUUUGUACAUAUUUUCCUAAAAUAUGUAAAAUAAUGCA